AUGACAAUGGGGCACUGCCAAUCGAACUCUUCUGGUCUUAUAGAAAACAAGUUAUUAUCAGGCGAAGACCGUUUGUUAGAUUAUUUAUUUACUAGUGAAUACAACUCCUUGACAAGGCCAGUCCGUAAUUUCAGUGAUACAGUGGAAGUGAAGUUCUGGUUGGAGUUAACACAACUGAUUGAUGUGGACGAGAAGUCCCAAAUGAUAUCAACAAAUGUUUGGAUGUAUCAGAGGAAUGAGAGCGGUGUAAUAGGUGCUGACCUAUGUCCAGAGAUGGCGCCACGAAACUGUAUGAAAUAUACUUGGAAAGAUUGGAGGCUGUUUUGGAAUCCAACUGAUUUUGAGGGUCUGAACUCGCUUCCUGUUCCAGCUGAGUAUGUGUGGACACCGGAUACAGCCCUGCUCACAAGCAAUGAUAACGAGAUGCCUGGUUUUCCAUUGGUACAUAUCGAUUUAUUGAUGAUUAAUCUUUACGCUGAUGGAUCAAUAUUGAAAGUAGUUCCAGGUGUACUGUACACGCCUUGUAUAAUGGAUAUCAAGUACUUCCCGGUGGAUAGUCAGCAGUGUCACAUGGAAUUUGAGUCCUGGUCAUACUCGAGUGAUCUCUUGACACUAAUUCCUAGAUUUGACGAAGUACAUUUGACGAAAUACAUACCCAACCUUGAGUGGAACGUUGUAUCUUCACCUAUUACUUCCAUAGUGCGAAAUUUUAAUGGUGUUCACGGUGAAGAGACGUUCAUGAGUAUUCUUGUUACUCUAAACAUACAGCGAAUGCCUCUUUAUUAUGUUGUCAAUUUGAUUGUUCCUUGUGUUAUGUUAUGCCCAAUGAGCGAGUUUACUAUCACGCCAGUUCCAUCAUCAGUGAGAAAAAUCUUUCUCGGAAAAAUAGAAACUAUUUUAAUGUGUAAGACGACGAAAAAAAAGCAAAGUGAUUUCACCGGUGUAUCUAUUUCAACGACUACAGUUCAUGAGGAUAUGCAUUGUAAUUCAACAAGCUCUUCCUUUCAUCGACCACUAUCACACUCGUACGAGCCAGGUGCUGAAAUAGAUUCAGCAAUAUGCGACGCCCACAGAAUGCAGCAACUGUACCAUCCUUUCAAUGAUUCCAAUAAUUCGAAUGAUUCUUGCCAGAUGAUCGAAGUUAUGCUGGGACAAAUGCUGAUGACACUCGACAAAAUAGUGAAUCGUUUUGUACCUACUAAAUAUAAUAAUGAGACUCACAGGGAUUGGCUGAGAUUGGCAGCAGUUAUCGAUAGAAUUCUCCUCAUAACCUUUGCCAUUAUCAACAUCGCUGGAGCAGCAGUUAUACUUCCUCAAAUCACAUGA